CUGGUUGAACUUUUCUUGGCUUCCAACUCCAACCUCUUCCAAAUCAGCGAACAUUUCAAUCAGAAGUUCCUUGUAACUAAAAUUGAAAAUCGAAGAGCGUGAACCUCAGUUCAAAUUGAAACAGUUAUGGUGGCCAAUAAUAUAAGAUUUAUUACUGGUUCUUCGGAGACAUAUUUUUGCACCAAGUUCAUGCAGAUGCUGUACAGCUAGUGAAAGAAACCAACCAACCAAUCAAUCCCAAAUACAUAAAGCAGUCUGGUGUAGCAUUUUUUAAAGCAGUUGUUUUGUCAAACCUAUGCAAGGGCCUGUGUUAUGUGGAUGUCGGAGCCGUUUUUAACAGAUAUCAAUGUUGCUCGGGUUAACAACUUCUCUCUAUCCACAAUCCCGCUGAUUGCCACACCCGAUUGGCGAAACGUAUCAGACAUCUGGUGGUGGUCCUGGAAUGUCCAUGUCUAUACAGUUGCCCUCCUCUUUUACCUGCUCUCUACCUUCUGCAUACUAUCGUUGUUCCGUGGACGUAAGAGACUCAAAAAGAAAACAUUUGGAGUCACUCUUUCCAUUCUCUUUGCCAUUGGUAUAUUCAGGGGAAGCUAUUUUGUACUGGAUCCAUACGGAAGUAACAAUCUGCUUCCUGUUGUGUUUAGACAACUUCUAUUUGAUAUCACUUAUCCAUGCCUUACGACAUCUUAUAGUCUUGUCCAAAUAAUGAUUUUGAGGAUCACCAAGGUGGAUGUAGGACCAACACGAAUUGUAAACAAGCAAUUCUUUUUAUUUGUUACAACAUUUUACUUUGUAUGUCUCACUGUAGUUGACAUUUCAACAGGGAUCCACCAUGACCUGCGACUCCUCCUUUUACUACCCAAUGCUUUCUUCAUCAUUUGGUCCAUUUAUCUGAGCGUCACAUUUAUAUACAAUGGUUUCAAACUGACCCAUUAUGUUGCUGAGAUUAAGAAGGCCAGGAAAGAGCUGAGUUCUUACAGUUUAGCAAAACGAUCUUGUAGCCAAGAAAACAUGCUGUCACGGUCAGCAACAACUCAACGCUUAACAAAACCACAGAUACGCAUCACUGAUGAAGACAACCAGACUUACAGUAUCGUUAGCGAAGAUGAGUCUACCAUGUCUGAUUUAAAUGAAUUGGCUAUUUUCAGUCCAGCUACAAACAAGGAGCUAAAAACAAUGAGUGCUAAAGUAGGUUCCCUGUUGGACAGUCGGUUACUGUUGAAGGCUCAGACAGCUGACUUCCAGCUCUUAGCUGAGGACUCGGUUGCAACAGAAACAACUCUUGCUGAUUCCACCUGUCAGGAGUUAAAUGAUGCAAAAAAUGGGGAUUUCGUGAAUUUACAAUACUUAAUGAAUGAGAACUGUUCAAUGCUUCACAACAGUGACCUCUAUUUAGAGGAGACACUGGAUGAAACAGAAUUCAAAGAGAGGAGGAAUUCAGUCAGGUCAAACUGGUGCAAUAUUUCGGCAAUUCUACCACACACAACAACAUCAACAGACAUCACAGAUUGUGAUGAAAGUUAUUUGGUAGACAACGGCUACAUGGCAGAUACAGAAGUACCAACGUCUUGUCCUAGAAGUAAAAAACAUAAAAACAAACGCAAAUGUUCAGUUGACCCAUCGGAAUCACGGGACGCUGAUAGCCUGGAGACGCCUCUAUCGAUAGCCACGUCUUGGCACCCUAAACUCAUGGUUUCAAGCCCAUCAACACUGAGUUUACAUCGUAUUCGUCAGAGCAGGAUGCUUCACCGUGUGAUGAGGCUCACAUACAACACAACAUUCUUGCUUAUUGUCGCGUGUCUUUUUCAGCUUUACUCAUUAUUUGGGAUCUAUGGAUUAUUUUCACGAAUAGCCAAUCCUGAUCCAUGGCCCUGGCUUGUUUUUCAAACAUUUUACAGGUUCACUGAACUUGGAAUGUCUUUGUCGAUGACCACUGCAGUUUAUCUGAUUGUCUCCUACAAAUGCCGGACAUCAGCCAAUAGGAAACCUCGAUACAGAGUCUUUCAAUCGGUCGAAAAUGGUGCAGCAACAACAGCAGCAGAGAGAAACACUGUCACGUGAGCUGUUUGUGUCACAUGACAAGAGCAUCUUGGACAGCUCUUGUUUUACUUACACACACACACACAUGCACACACACGUAUAUGCAUAGAUGUACCACGUGCACACAAAUACACAUAUAUUCACACACAUGUAAACAUCAACUCAUAUACAUUACAAAUACACCUAUACACACAUAAUGGGUGUAGUUACAUCUGUAUGGUUAAGAAGUUUGUUCUACGACUACAUGAUUUCAGGUUCAAUCCCUGAGCAAAUUCGUCUUCUACAAUGUCAUAACUGUGUUCCAAACCAAUGUGCCCUUGUCAACUACAUUACUGGACAUUGAUGUCAAGUACUUUUUUUUUUGUAGCCCAGUCAUUUGCGUCUUGCUGUAUUUACCACAUUUGAUGGCAUAAAAGAGACACAUGGGUAUAUUAGAUGCACCCCACUUUCAGCUGUGCAUAUUCAGGAAAAAGUUUUAGUGUAUUAAAGCAUAUGAUAUUUAAA